AUGGCCAGAAAGAAGUCCAAUGCUAGAAAGCUUCGCGAGGCCCAGGAAAAGGCAAAGCUACAGUUCCAGCCCAAAGAAACAAAGGAAAUUACUCUGUCUGACGGAAACAGUGUAGAAGAGAGAGCAGAUCUCAAAUCAAAGCUGAAUUCGAAUUCAUAUUCAGAUUCAGAAUUUGAUUCCAGAAGUGAGAGUGAAAGCGACAGUGACAGUGAAGAUGAAGAUGAGUUUGGUGAGCUAUUAACUGAGAACAUUGAAACAGGCAUCAACAAAGUGUUGAAUGCCAUUAAAACCAACGAUAAAUCAAUAUUUGAUCCAGAUGCAAAAUUUUUUCAAGAAACCAAAGAAGAUGAAAUCAGUACCAAAAACCCUAAAGAUAAACCAAUAUACUUGAAGGAUUAUCAGACUAUGAAUCUUUUAAAAGGAAACGCUAAUGAUGAUGAAUUUAAGUCAAUUGACGGAAAGAAGACAUUUGCCGAAAGUCAAGCAGAAGAUAAGAAAAAAUUAGUUGAUGAGAUAAAAAAUUUCUUCAGUGAAGAUAGUUCAAAUGAAGACAAAGAUAAAGACGAAGAUGACGACGAUGAUAAUGAUGGAUUUCUAGUCAAGAAAAAAAAAAGCGAACGUGCUAAAAUACCUGAAAUAAUAACAAACAACUUACCAGAUCCAGAAAAGGAUCAAGAGAAAUUUUUACAAGAAUAUUUUGACAAGCACGCCUGGAUUCCUAAGAAAUCGGACAAGAAAGUUAAUUUGAAUGAUGGUGUAGAAGAUGAAGAAGAUGAUGAUGAGUUUGAUGAAGCUGCAGAAAAUUUUGAAAAAGCGUACAAUUUUAGAUUCGAAGAUCCAAAUGCAGCUGACAUAGUUUCGUAUUCAAGAAAUCAAUUAACAGUUCGAAGAAACAAAUUGAAUUCCAGAAAGAAACAAAGAUUAAAAAAACAUGAGAUAGCUAAGGUUGAAAAAGCCAAAAAAGAUGAGCAAUUGCAAAAAAAGAAACAAAAAAAAAUCAAUCUUGUUGUUGAUAGAAUUAAUGAAAUCCAAAAGGAACUUGAUGGAGAUAUUGACUCCGAAAAAAUAAUCAAAGUAUUUGGAGAUGCGUUACUAGAUGAAGAUUUUGACAAUGAAGAAUGGGAUAAAAAAAUGAAUGAAAUAUAUAAUGAUGAGUUCUAUAAAGAUGAAAAUGUUGAAGAUAUAAAGGAAGAUAUUAACAAAGAUUUAGAUGAAGAUGUAAUAAUGAGUGAAAAUGAUAAUUACGAUGAUAAAGAAAAUGAAGAAGAUGAUAAAGAAAGUGAAGAAGAUGAUAAUAAAAAUAAAGGCGAAGUCAAAAAAGGAAGCAAAAAGCACAAGUUAAAAGAAAAGAAAAGUAAAAAAAAACAAAAAGAAAAAAUUAAGGUUGGAGCUGAAAAAUUGGUUAAUAAAAACAAAUUAAAAUUAAUAGAUGAAAUUGAUGAAGAAGAAGAAAAACUGAAUAAAGAUAGAAAUAAAGAUGGAUCAUUAAAGUUCAAGUAUAAAGAAGUCGAGCCUGAAACAUUUGGAUUGAGCAUAAGAGACAUAUGGGGAGCAGAUGACGUAGAUUUAAACGAAUACAUAAGUUUAAAGAAAUUUGCACCUUAUAGAAAGAAAGAAUUGAUUGAUAAAGAUAAGAAGAAAGUAACCAAACCAAGAAGAUUAAGAGAAUGGAGAAAAAAAACAUUCAAAAGUGAGAAAGGGCCAUAUUAUAAAAAAACAAAAUAA